AUGGACAAGGUACUCGGUGUGCUACCUGACUACGCUGAAUACCUCGGGUUACUUCGACUAAACCAAAUGUGUUUGGAUAUCAAAGAGUGCUACAGUCCUGGCGCUGAGGUGACCAUCGCUGCAGAUGGCGUGGUUUUCAACGAUCUUCUUAUGAUUAGCGACGACGAUGUCUGGAACUAUGGCCAAGCUGUCAGAGAGAUGGUACAAAAGCACGGCUUUGACCAAAACCUGAAAGUUCUCCAUGCGAUGGAGAUUUUAUCUCUCACAAUGACCGAUCCGACCACCAAAAGCACUACACUUACCGAAGAGAUCUUUCAUAAGACCAUAGCCUCUUCCCGCGCUGUAAUCAUCAGUGAAUUCUGUCAGUCCGAAAACGUCACACAAAAGCUCGUGGAUGAGGACAUCGAUUCACGACUCACCUACAAUGGCAUGAAAGCUUUUGUCAAAAUCGACCUCGCAAACACAUCAAUUCGGAAAAAUGCUGCGAGUAAAAAGGACUAUCACAAUGAGAUUUCAAGCUUGGCUCUAAAAAUGAUGGGCCGCUCCGAAGGCUUUGGCAAACUGAUUCGGACUGCAAUGCCUCAUCAUGUCCGCCUCUCCAUUCACCCGUCCUAUGGCACUGCCAAGCUGUCAAUCUGUCUGGUGCCUCAGCUUUCAGGCUUCACAGCCCGGGCGCCAUGGAUGAGCUGCAUUGCUGUCGAUCGACAAGGAGCGAACCAUACAGCGCACGCAAGAGACGUUCGGGUCACCCAUCAGCUCGUGGUUGAAAAUGGGAUGCCGUGGAUGUUCAUGGAACGUGCAGCUGCUCCAUUGCCGGAAUGGCUCCUUUUGCGAAACCAGAUGUUCGAGGAACUAUGGCAGCAAAAUUUGAUUGACUUGAAAAAACAACCCAGAAAGGGGAUCAAGAUUACUAUCGAGAUUGACGGCAGGCCUGAACGUACUGUCGAUGCCAUGUCAUGGCUUUCAACUCCGAAGUCAUUGCUGGCAUAUGUAUCAGAGGAACUACGCAAUUCUGCACUCAUCGCCAAAAUCAAUGGCAGAAAGUACUGGGAUCUAAACCGACCAUUUGAGGAGGCCUGCUCCGUUGCAUUCUUGGGUUGGGAUCACCCUGAGGGACAGCAAGCAUUAUGGCGCUCAUGCGCCAACUGUCUUGCUGAGCUUUGUGAGCAAGAGUUUCAAUGUGUCAUCGCCGACACCAUGACCUCGACCCGGGGCUUUUACUGUGAGAUGUCGACUCUAGAUGGUCGCGGAAUCACGGAGACUGACCGUGAAUUGCUCACACUACGAAUGAUGCAAGUCGUGCAGAAACCACGGGGAUUUGACCGAUUAGAACUUCCCAGACAUACUCUUCAAAAGAUUUUUGCGAGCAACAAAUACCGUUUACAUGCGAUCAACAGAAUGGCUGAAGGUCAAACAGCCAUCAUUUAUCGUUCGGGGACUUACGUCGACCUGGCAUAUGGCCCGCACAUUCCGGACAUCUCUCUCAUCAAAGCAUUUAGAGCAACGCAGAGCUCCUCUGCGUACUUUUUAGGAGACCAAAACGAAAGCUCUCUGCAACGAGUCUCAGGUAUCGCAUUUCCACAUAAGGGUCUGAUGAAUCAACAUCUACAAGCUCUCAGUAAAUUACAAUGUGAAGACCAUAUCAGAUUGGGAAAACAGCAACAGCUCUUCUUAACCCAUGAACUCUCUCCCGGAUCUCCUUUCUUACUUCCACAUGGGGUACGGAUCUUCAAUGCGCUGCAGAAGCUACUGCGAGCUGAAUAUCACACGAGAGGGUACCAAGAGGUGCAAACGCCUAACAUGUACGACGCUACUCUGUGGAAAACCUCUGGACAUUGGGCACAUUACAAGGAGGAUAUGUUCCGCUUCAACCUUGGGAAAAAGGAAUGGGCGCUCAAACCAAUGAACUGCCCUGGUCACUUCCUCUUGUUUACAAGCCGAGACAGGACCUUCCGGGAAUUACCUUUGCGCUAUGCUGAUUUUGGUGUUUUGCAUCGUAAUGAGGCCUCCGGGGCCCUCCGCGGCUUAACACGAGUCAGAAAAUUUCAGCAAGACGACGCACAUAUCAUAUGUCGCCCGGACCAAAUUGUAUCCGAAGUUGAGGCAGUCUUUGACCUCCUAAAAAGCCUUUAUGGGCUCUUUGAUUUCACAUUCAAAUUAGCACUCUCUACGCGUCCUGCUAAGUUUCUGGGCACGAUCGAAACUUGGAACGAGGCCGAAGAUCAGCUCCGUGAGGCACUGACUAGAUUCAAAUGUGACGAUUGGACUAUUAAUCCUGGUGAUGGGGCUUUCUAUGGGCCAAAGAUCGACAUCACAAUCGCCGACUCAUUGGGACGCGAGCUACAAUGUGCUACAAUUCAACUCGAUUACCAGGCUCCGAUCAAUUUCAAUAUGAAAUAUACAACAGAAAAGGUAGAGCAUGGCAUUGCCCGCCCUGUCGUCAUUCAUCGCGCGAUAUUCGGAAGCUUUGAGCGCUUCCUCGGUAUACUUAUCGAACAUUUCGCGGGAAACUGGCCUUUCUGGCUAAGCCCACGACAAGUAUUGAUCGUUCCAGUUUCGGAUUCUCAACAUGAGUACGCAAAAGAACUCGAGCGGACUCUGCAGGGCGAUAAAAUGCAUGUUGAUUUGGAUCUUCGUGAUGAUACACUCAGGAAGAAAGUACUGAGAGGGCACCGGGAGAAGUACAAUUUCAUCUUUGUCGUUGGGCCCGCCGAAGAGAAGACUCGGACAGUUAAUAUUCGCAAUCGCGAUAAGUCCGAAUCACAGCACAGAGGUACACCGGUGGCUGUCGAUGAGGUGCGCCUCAUUUUGAGAGAUCUCAGAAAACGACGAAGACUCGCAAAUACCCUUUAA